AUGAAUGCUGCGCACAUUUUUCGUCAAGGCCUCGGGACUGUCCCAUCUCGAGCCAACACCGCCUUCAACCCACUUGCGGGACAGCCGACCGAUGCCGACGAUUUUUCGGAUGGCGAGGGAUCUGAACAUCGCGUAGCCCACACUUUGACAGCCUGCUGUCGCUGCCGACAACGCAAAACUCGCUGUGAUCCUACCCUCCCACGUUGUCUUCCCUGCGAGCGAUCCGGCUCUAUAUGCGAGUAUCUAGAUGCCGCCAAAGGCCGCAAAAUAAACCGUUAUUAUGUCAUCAAGCUCCAGGAUAAAGUCCGCGCGCUAGAGGCAGAACUCGAUCACUAUACUGACGAAGCCGCCGACUAUCCCAAGAGCAGUGAAGACAUCGUCCGUCCAGGUGGCAUGAUCCGCCUCAGCGUCAGUGAUGAGAUACCUCGCUACCUUGGACCCAGCAGUGGCAUCGCCUUGACUCGUCUGUUAAUGGAAGAAGCCAAACGCUUCACCGACUCCAAGAGCAUAGGCGAACUCAUUCCCGAAGUCCGCGCCAGACGGCAAGCGCGCAUGCAAUCUAUUCAGAUGGCUGGAACUGGAACCCUUACUGGCCACAAAAAGAGCUAUCCCAUGGUUUCUGAGGUUCCUGCUGAAGGUCUGCCUAAAAGAGUCAUUGCCAACAAGCUCAUUGACGCUUUCUAUCAGAAAACCCAACUGUCUUGGCCAGUCUUGCAUGAAAAAGACUUUAAGCAAGACGUCGAUGCCGUCUACAAUGGAGACACGGAUCCGUAUCGCAACUUUAUCGUUCGCAUGGUCUUUGGCGUCUCCCUCCAAAAGAUGGAGCAAUAUGCGGGACUCGCUGACGGUUACUACAUGGCAGCCAUGCAAUAUUUCAAGGACGUUGUGCGCCCAAAGGACCUGAAGACACUACAGUGCCUCGUUUUGGUCGCUGCAUACUCACUGCACACUCCUGCACGAAAUCCAAUCUACGCAGUCAUUGGCCUCGCCGUCCGCAUCUGUCAACAAGAAGGGCUCACUGAGGAAAAGACCAUCACAGCCGGCUACAACCUGGACGCCAAAACGAUCGACAUGAGGAGACGGCUCGUCUGGAUGGUUGCAACAUUCGAAUACGUCCUUUCGCAUUACAUGGGACGUCCAUCAUCUUUCGCCAAGGGCGGCGACCGAUUAGACGUGGAUUGGUUCGCAACGGUCAAGGACGAAAAUAUUACAGCAAACGGCAUCACAGCCGGAUCUACCGACUACAGAAAAAUGAACACGAUACACAUCUACAAGUUACGUUCCAUCGAAUGCGAAAUCAGGAGAACUCUGUACGAAAGAAAGCGCCCCGAGCCAGUUACCGAUACGCACCCAUGGUAUCAGAGCAUAGAUAGACGACUUGAGGACUGGCUCAAGUCACGUCCGGAAGAAAUUGCCUGGACCAAGGCUUGGUACUUUGGGGCCUAUCAUCAAUCUCGCAUGUUUUUGUAUCGCCCCUCCCCUCAGGUGCCAAAGCCGUCUGCCAGCGCUGCGCAAAUUUGUUAUGAUAGUGCUGCAUUUGUCCUCUCGCUAUCUAAGAAGCAAAUCGACACGUCGGCCAUGGACUCGACGUGGAUGUUCCUUCUUAACCUUUCUACUGCUCUCAAUACGCUGCUGUGGUCCAUUUCGUAUCCUGAUGUUCGACAAGCGCACGGUAGAGAAGAGGUCGCUGAAUUGAUCAAUUCUGCGUUGGACUCACUCGACAGCUGCUCAGCACGCUGGCCGGGUGCGGCAGCUACGGCCCAGCUGUACACUAUCUUGUCAAAGGCAUGUCUGCAGAGCUACGAAGAUGGGCAGUUCAACCCGCUGUUUUCCUUUGCCAGCCCUUCCAACUGCACUGACAUGGCGUCUCCGCCAGUGGUGAACCAAGGAGCCGAUGGCCAGGCACAGCUACCAUACCUAAACCCGCCUCAAUUUGGCUGGGCAUUUGAUUCACCUCCGGAGACGAUGAAUUCAUACACGUUUGACCCCAACUUCCCCCCUCCGCAGCCGGCGUUUCGAUCCAACUCCAUCUUUUGCAAUCCGGCGACUGACUCCAGUGGGCGUCGAUUCUCGUACUUUCCACCUGAUAUCAGCCAACCAGGUGACGGCAUCAUGGAGCAAGCCGCAACUUUUGUGCCGCCCCCACAGCAAAACCAACAGCAAAGUCAAUUACACCAGCAAAACCAACACCAACACUACACACCCCACCAACAGCAUCAACAGCAUCAACAGCACCAACAACAUUCACAACAUCCGCAAUCUCAGCAGCAGAAUCAGCACCAGCACCAGCACCAGCAUCAGCAGCAUUCGCAACCACCAUCUCAACAUCCCACACCCUGUCACUCCGAUCAAAUGAGCAACCACAUGCCGACGCCCCCCGAGUCACUCGCCCCUCCCGCCACCCUCUCCGCCGCUUCAACUAAUUCCGGCUUUACCCCUCCUGGCAUGAGCCUGGCCGCGCCCAACAUGAUGGAAACCUCGAUGGCCUCUAUGACUAUGGCCACAGGUGGUGGCCCGCCGCACAUAACGCCGCCGCCGCCGCAGCAGCAGCAGCAACAACAAAAGAACAUGGGCAACCCCGCCGCCAUGCCCCGCGCCGGGCCCGGCCUGCCGGACCAAAAGCCUCUGCCCAAUGCUAUGGCGCCCGGUGGUGGUGGCGGCGGCGGCGGCGGCGGCGGUGGCGACUGGUAUGCCACGCCCAUGCCGCAGUUUAUCUCGCCGUACAACAUUGGCCAGAUGAGCAGCAGCAGCUUCCUUGACGCCGUCGCCGCCGAAACGCCCCUCAGUGUCGACUCCAAUGCCUUUAGCCCCGCGGGCCAGCAAAAUGCCGCUGCCAUGGCGGGAAUGCCCACCAUGGCCUCGCCCAUCGACGGCGGCCUCUCUCCUUACGGCUACAUGCCCGGCCGCCACGGCAGCCUGUCGCAGUCACAGCAGAUGGAGCUCAUGCACGUGUUUGAGCGCGAGGGAGUCAGCGAGCUUGACGCCAUGCUCAACUCGGCGAAUAAUAUCUCGGUCGAUGCGAGCUGGUACUAG